UUCCACAUGCUGAAUGAAUUCAGUGACACUUUCUGUGAACGGGACGCAGGGGCGCUUGUUUUCCCGUCUCGGUUUGGGAAGGAAGGACUCAGCCAGCCGGUGCAGCAUGUGAAAGUCCAACACGGGCGACUUUCUCCUCUUUUCUUUUAACACAUUUGGCAGCCAGUUUCUGAUCAGAGAUAAGCAAUUCCACCGCACUGAUUACUCCACUGAAAUGCCGUCAUGUCACGCGUGAAUGUCAGCUGGAUUAUUGCGGUGCUCGCGGUGGAGCUCGCGACACUGUCCGCCGCGGGCGCUCACAGCUGUCACGAGGUGAAAACGGCGUUUCAGGUGCGUCAGAUCGGCCAGCUGAAAUGGGUGCCGGAAACACCUGCUACAGAUGUGGACCUGUCGGUGUGCAAGCACGCUGGGCCAUCAUGCUGUACGCGAAGAAUGGAAGAGAGCUACAGAGCGGCAGUCCUGAGAGACACCACCCAGAACAUCAGAUCAUACAGCUUUGAGCUGAAAUAUCUCAUUUCUGCACAUGCCACCGCCUUCCAGGAUACGUUCCAGUCUCUAAUAUCAUUCUCUCAGAAUCACCUGACCUCUCUGUUCGAGACCACUUACUCUUCCCUCAUGUCGUCCAUCUCUCCUCACAUCAUCUGCCUCUUUACUGACCUAUCUCGGUUCAUCCAGGGCACCGGCAAUGUCUCCGUUGAAGCCGCUGUGCACUGUUUCUUCGACAGUCUCUUCCCGUUGGUCCACACUCGUAUAGUCAAUCCCGGCAUGGCCUCGAGCAUUGACGCAGAUACUUCUGACGACAACCAGCUCGGUGACUGUCUCCGCAUGACGAGGCAGGACGUUAACCCCUUUGGGUCGUACCCAAAAGCGAUGGCAAAGGAGCUUGCGGAGGCAUUGCGGGCAGGUCGGGUGCUCAGCUUGGCGCUCGGCGUAGGGUCAGAGGUGAUGAACAUUACGGAGACGGCGGAGUUAUCAAAAGAGUGCACGCGCGCUCUGGUGCGCAUGCAAUACUGCUCUCAUUGCCGUGGGCUCACCCUGAUCCGGGCAUGCAGUGGCUACUGCCUCAACGUCAUGCGCGGGUGCUUGGCCAGCCUCUCGGAGUUACACAACCCAUGGAGACAGUACGUCACCGUCCUGCAGGAUCUCUCACACAUGGUCGCCGGAGCGCACAAUCUGGAGCUCGCUUUGCUGGGGAUCAGAGGUCGAGUUGAGGAGGCCAUUCUCUAUGCUCAACUUCAUGGGCCCAGGCUAACUGUCACGGUGGAUAAAGUAUGUGGUCACUCUUCAAACGCGUCUUCAAGCACAGAAGGGACGUUUCCUCCGGCCUCAGUCACACCUCCAACUGCCAACAUCUCACAGGACGUGCCGGGAGGCGAUCCGAUCGGCAUGUUGGCGCACCUUCACAGUUCACUCCCUCUGAAAACCUCCAAGAGCGAUAGAGGUAGAACUCUGAAAAAGGUUGCACGGGAGUUUACGGCCUACAUCUCCCGUUAUAAGUCCUUCUUCGCCAUACUUCCAGAGACGUUGUGCGAAGCAGAGAUGGGCGUCGAUGAGCUCACAUGUUGGAGUGGAGACGACGUGGUCAAAAGUUAUACUGCAAGAACGGUGGGGAAUGGAGUUCGUGCUCAAAGACAGAAUCCAGAAGUAAGGGUCCGAAGUGUUGACCCGGUGCUUAUGGAUGUCAAAAACAAACUCGAGCUCUUCAACAUGGAGAUCCAAGAGGUCAUGCCAGGUGUGGGGCACAGGGAAUCCUGGGACGACACGGCCAGUGGGGAGAGCAGUGGCGAAUGUGAUGAUGAGGACGGUUGUGAAGGUUCCGGAGAGUCUGUGACAUCUCCCCCUCUUACAGAAGCUGAUGUAUCCACAACGCCAGUAAAGGUCUCUUCCCAGGACUCGCCCAUCACCCAGAAAAACCCUUCAUCUGAUGCGUCUCUUUCCACGGCCAGCUUCAUCAUCAUCAUCCUCGCUCUGGGGCUGCAGUGGCCCUUCAUCUGAAAGGCCACCACCACAUACACACACAAAGAUCAUAUGCACACGGGUGAACAUCAUAAAGAAAUGUCAGGCUCUUAUUCCCCCCAAAAAUCAAAAGAAAAAAAUAAAAUAUAUAUUGCAUAACUAAAAUGAUGCAUUUCGCAAAUUUGGCAUUGUAUUUAUUUAAUUCAAAAUUAAAUACGGACAGUUUAAGCAAAAAGUGAGAGUUUUAUUCAUUCUCAUAACUGUCAUACAACAAAGAAAAUCAUGUAUAUAUACAGUCAUGAUCAGAAUUAUUGGCACCCUCAGUAAAUAUGAUCAAAGAAAGCUGUAAAAAUAAGCUGCAUUGUUUAUCCUUUUUAUCUUUUAAUCAAAAAAUUCUCAAAAAUACAACCUUUCAUUGAAGUAAAACAAUUGAAAGUGGGGGGAAAUUAUAUUAUGAAAUAAAUGUUUUUGCCAAUAAUUCUGACCAUGACUAAUACAAAUAUAUAUUAUAUAUGUACACUGUAUAUAUUAGCAUUUUUUGCACCACACUAGGCUUCUAAGAAUAGGAGGAUAUUGUUUAAAUGUGGCUAAUAUAUAUACAUAUACAUUUAUGUUUUUUGUUGCAACUUUAGCAUGCUACUAAGUUUAUUUUAUUUUAUACUAUUUUAUUAUUUUUUUGUAUUACAGUAGUAGGCUACUAAGAAUUGUUGAAUUGGAGUUAAUUGUCAUGGUCAUGUUAAUUGCCAAUACUGUCAUAAUGCAAAAAGAAAGACAGAGUAGUAAUAAUAAUAAGCAUUAUGGUCUUAAUCCAAAAUCUAAUUUCUUAUUUCCUUCUUUUGAUUUUGGGGUGACAGACACGUGACCUGGGCAUUUCCUGACAGUUCAUAUGACGUUCCCUACACUGUAUCCCUAAAAAAAUUCACAUUUCAAUGUUGUUUUAUGAUGUUCCCAGCCUUCUGUGACAGCCCCAUUUUUGUGGAAGACUCAGGCAGGGAGACUAGCAGUGCUCUCUGGGGUUUAAGUGUUAACACUUUCCACAGACUUAUUGUAUCAGAACUGUUAUCAUCACCGACUGGGACUGUGGAAUGCAUGACAAAAUAUGUGCAUCUGUGGAAACGUCGCUCAUGACCACACAACAAAAAAGAAAACAGAAAUUGUCUGCACUCUGCACAAUAAGCAAGGGAUAUUACCACCACACACAGAGCAUUAUUGAAUGAAACUAUGAAUAUGCACAUUUAGUAUGUAUAUAGUUUGAACUGGCGCUGAAUUUAUAGGACAACGAAUGUUUAUCUAAAGUAUCACACAUUUUUA